CGGAUUUGAACGAUCUUACGUGUCAUUCCCAGAGUCUGAGUGAUUCAGAAAUAUCCUGGAGAUUUUUGGUGGACAAAAUCCUCGUGAGCUGGUCGCUGUCUUGCCAUUGAUGAGCUGUGGUCACCCUGGUAACUGUUGCUAACGGCAGAAGCAUGAAUGCUUUGAUCCUUGUCGGGGGUUACGGGACCCGGUUGAGACCGCUGACCCUGAGCGUCCCCAAACCGCUGGUGGACUUCUGCAACAAGCCCAUCCUGCUGCACCAGGUGGAGGCACUGGUGAAGGCCGGGGUGAACCAUGUGAUUCUGGCGGUGAGCUACAUGUCGGAGCUGCUGGAGAGAGAGAUGAGAGUCCAGGAGGAGAGACUUGGGAUUCGUAUCUCUCUGUCUCAUGAGAAGGAACCUCUGGGAACAGCGGGCCCUCUGGCGCUGGCUCGAGAGCUGCUGAACGUUGACAACGAGCCGUUCUUCGUCCUCAACUCAGAUGUCAUCUGUGAUUUUCCCUUCAAAGACCUGCUGCAGUUCCACCACAACCACGGCAAGGAGGGAACCAUUGUGGUAACUCGGGUGGAGGAACCCUCUAAGUACGGUGUAGUGGUGUUUGACGCGGACAGCGGCAGGAUACAUCGCUUCGUUGAGAAACCGCAGGUCUUUGUCUCCAACAAGAUCAACGCCGGCAUGUACAUCUUCAAUCCCAGCAUGCUCAGCAGAAUCCAGCUGAGACCGACAUCCAUAGAGAAAGAGAUAUUUCCUGUCAUGGCAGAGGAGGGACAGCUGUACACCAUGGAGCUACUGGGUUUCUGGAUGGACAUCGGUCAGCCCAAAGACUUCCUGACAGGGAUGUGUAUGUACCUUCAGUCUCUACGACAACACGCUCCCGAGAGGCUACACACGGGGCCCGGUUUCCUAGGCAACGUUCUGGUGGACCCGACGGCACAGAUUGGGGAGAACUGCACCAUUGGCCCCAAUGUCACCAUCGGUGCUGGCGUGAUCGUGGAGGACGGUGUGAGGAUAAAACGCUGCACGGUGCUGAAGGGAGCGCGGGUUCGAUCACACUCCUGGCUGGAGAGCUGCAUCGUGGGGUGGAGCUCCUCUGUCGGCCAGUGGGUUCGUAUGGAGAACGUGACAGUGUUGGGGGAGGAUGUGAUCGUGAAUGACGAGCUUUACCUGAAUGGUGCCAACGUCCUGCCUCACAAAUCCAUCAACGAGUCGGUCCCAGAGCCACGAAUCAUCAUGUAGCAUCGGGUGGAGGAAAAAAGCCUGGCGCCUUUUUAUAUGAACUUGACUAAACACCCAAACUGUGCCAGAGAGAGAGAGGAGCAGAUGGGUGGAGGAAAGGAGGAGGAAAAGAGGAGGAAAGAGAAGGUGUUUUUCUUUUUUCUUAUUAAUUUGGACUCAUUUUUAGCCCUGCUUGGCUGAACCGUCCAUCAUUCAAAAUGAUGGCGUAAGCAUGAGCUGUCAAAAGGCUGCCCGACCUGUCAGGAAGGUUUAUACUUCUGUCAGAGCUGCAGGUAAAACAUCAAAGGCUAAUGUCCUGAAUGUGUCGGGUGGUAAAUGUCUCGUAUAAACACUGCGUUAAUGGAGAAAGGGUUAGAGGGAGGGGAUUUUUCUGUCAGAUGGUGAAGGGACUAAUGUGGAGUGUAUUCAGGUGGGUGGGGCGGAUUACAGAGCGAUACGAACACCACUGUUUAGAUUCACUAUGCAUUUUCAUUUCCUGGACAGCUGCAGAGCAUUGUGAACAGGCACUGAAGGAUCAUUCUAAAUGUUUUUCUGCUUGAGCAGAGUCUGAAAUCAUAACUGAUGAUGCUGGGGUUUCUGAUCUGACAGAUUUAACUAAAUGCAGUAUGUGGUUAUGGUUAGUCAAUGAUUAUAGUUAAAGCUGCAUCAAUUAAUUAACUCAUGGCCUCUUGUGGGCAGCAGAGCAAAUUGUAACAUAGCAUCUAACACAUUGUUUUAAGUUGUUAAGGCAAAUGUUUUAACAAAGACUUGGUUAUUUACACAUCCAGCAGACACAGAGGAUCAUGAUCAUCCGUGUGGAGUCAUGUUUGUGUCCACCUGAUGAAUGUAAUUUGAUCAUUUUUUUAUAUGAAGAUAUUGAUUAGUGCAGCUUUACUCAGUUGUAGAGUAGGAAUCGAGUACGUAUCCAAUUGCUUUGGUGAACUGCUCUUUCUUUUUAUCAUGAAAAACUGUGCGCUUCAGUACCAAACCGGUUACUGCUCUGUAAAAAGUGAACAAAAUGUAGUUUUUUAUUAUUAAAAAACUGCAGUGUAUCAAGUAUAUUUAUAAAUAUCUGAGUCAGGCUGCAUCUGGGACAUUCUGCUUUGAAAUAAUAUAUUUUUCAGUCAUGUGUAAGUGUGUCUCAAGAGUGAACGCUCCCUGAAGAUCUUGUUUUGCUGACCUCUAGUGGUUUAACCUCUCCCAGUAUACUCCAGUACACUGUGACAUCAUUUUUGGUUGUGGUUACAGGUGCAGCAGAAGUUAAACAGGCUUGUAACUUUCAGUCAGAAGAGGCAGUGAAAUGCUGCUUCUUAGCUCGCCACUCAGCUUGUGGUGCUCAGAGUGCCAAAAAAAUACAUUAGAAAAACUCAACCUCGACCUUUGUUGUCAAGAAGAUGUAGUAGAAACUAUUUCUUUAUACCAUCUACACCCACCAGCUUUAUCACUACACAGACGUUAGCUGCAUCUACUGCUAGCUCACCUAGCACCACUGAGCUAGCUACAACAUUACAGCCAGGCCCCCAUGAAUGCCACUCAGCCUUGCAGCAAUUUUUCCCAGUGGCCACUCGCAGUAUUGCAGCUGACACCUCGAACUGCAAACAAGGUUAUGACUCUUUCUAUUCUGAAUUUUUGAGCCGUGGUGGUUAAAUAUUUGUAAAACUUUCCUCAAGCCAAGAAAAGCGAUGUAAAAAUCUGUGACGCCAUCACACUGUAACGUCUAUGAGCCGAGCGGGAACUAGCGGAUGGGAUCAGCGGGAGAAACACUACUGCACAUAGUCAGUGGGCCGCAUACCACCGAAGUAAACCUGUAAGCUUCGAAAACUUUUGUGGAGUGUGCACCAGGCGAGCAACUACUGGAAUCCAGUAUCCAGUUAUUAUUAAAAUCUAUGGUUACGACUCAGCUGGGGAGGAUGUCAUUAAUGUUUACAUCACGUGCUGUCCUGAACACAAGCCUCUCGUCCAUGAGUAGAUGCCCGCUUCCUUCUGCGCUGUGAUACAGUUGGAGGAUGCAGUUUAGUAGACAGAAAACAGUUCCUUGCAUACAAUAGUUCAUCCCUGUUGAGUUUUUCAGAUGUAUUUUUUACGGUGCUUUGAGCACCACAAGCUGAGUGUCAUCUAGCUCCAUUAUAUUGGCGAGAACGCAGACAUCUCUGCAGCUGAUAUCUCCAACAAUCUAGACUGAUAAAUAGCACCACAGGUUAAGAGGAGAAAUAUGUAUUUUUAAUUCUGGAGGUAAACUGUUCCUUCAGGGUCAUGUUGUUCCCUAAAUCUAAAGUGUAUAUUCUUUGUAUGGUGGCCAUCUUAGGACAUUUCUAACUCAGCUUGUGAAACUCAGCUCAGCUUUCAUUAGUCUGAGCUGUACUUUGUCAUCCUCAACUGUUAAUCAGUUAGCUACAGAUAGCAUGUUAGCAUGCUAAUGAUACCAUGUAAUGUUUAGCCUGUUAGCAUGCUAGGUAGAACUGAACCUCGUGCUACCUCUUUAUGGUUAAAGCUCAUAAUUGAAAGGUGAUAAACAUGCCAUCGUUUAGCAUGUUGUGUUAGCAUUCAUUUCAAGCUGAAUCCGAUGGAAGACAACUGUCUUGUUAGUGACGCUGGAUGAAAAGUCAAAAUCAUCAGGAUUUAUCCUUUUGGGGACCAGGAAUUUCUGAAUCAAAUUUCAUGUCAAUCAGUCUGAUAGCUUCUAAGACAUCUCGCUCUUCACCAAAACGUUGGGCCGGCAGAGUGAGUAAUUUUGUAGAAUUGAACACCAGACGUUUUGCACUGGGUAUAUUAAUGAACAUAGAGGGAAGAGCCUGAGACGGAUUUCACUCCUCCUGCUCAAAUAAAGGGGAUAGAUUAACCUCACCUCUUGAUAUCUGUCCUCCUUGUUGUGUUAUUGUAACAUUCAACAAGAUCAGUGUUAAAUCCACCUGAUGCAGUAAAAUCAAUUAUUAAAUCUCAAGAGUUGGAUGUUUCUGGAGCUUCCUGUGUCACCACAGGUGUCCAUGUUUGUGUCACCUCAGUAGCUCAGAUGUCCAACAAUUGACUUAUUGUUACUGACCGUGAACACGUGCAGCAGGUGAUGUCUGUCUGUCUGUCUGUCUGUCUGUCCAGACACUCAGAGCUGAUCUCUGAGCAGUGGUUCCAUGUUGUUAUGCAGUUAGUGAUACAGUAUGUAAAGACUUUGACUGGGUCUAAAUGAAUGAAGUCAAUUCUUGUAAUGAAGUCUUUUUUUAAAGAGAAUAAUAUAAUCUACUGACCACAUUCACA